GAGGUAUAAAACUUUCCAUAAACCUUUUCCCUGAUUGGCCAAUGUGCCAGUUCAGAAUCAUUAAACUGCUCCAUCGUACGACGUCGAAGCUUUCUCUUCAAGCGAAACUCCUCAAACCCGACAACAUCUUAGUAUCUAACAAGACAUUAAAUAGUAAAACGCGAUACCUGCAAUACCUGAGAUACCGUUAGUUAUGGCCUCCAUUAUCGCUCGAAGAGCCGUUUCUCAAAGGGCUUUCUCUACUACCGCCCGCCGGUUAUCUGCCGACCCAGCUCUCAAAGAGGAGACGAAGCGUAAUCCCGAGUUGAUGAUUCUGGGGGGUGUCAUGGUUCUAGCUUUGGGCGGCGCUGGUCUUUACUUCGGUCGAUCUCCUACCAAAUCAACAUCCGAAGCACCCGUUGGCCUAGCUAAAUCCGGCAUGCCGUGGGAAACUGGCGCAACAGAGGGAAAGUACCGAUACCAUCCCGGUGGUGAUCCAGAUGCUGCUCCUAAGGACGCUCCCAGCGCCGUCAAUGUUGUCGUCGUCCCCGAUGUCAACCUGCCGAAGUCGCUCCAUGAUCGGUACAACAAAUGGGGUAAGGACGGUUACUAGAUACUUCUGCCUCGAGAAGAGCUCUUUACAUAGUCGCAGUUAGGAGGUGUGAAGGAUUUCUCUAACCUUGCUGUACAUAAUCCUAACAAGUAUUGCGGUAUUGUUAGCCUCACUGGGGUUGACCAAUACAUCAUCUUAUAAUACCCAACCAGAAAUACAUAUUCCCCAUAUUACGAAGUGCAUAAUCAUUACCCAGGGGUUGCCGUUUGUUAUUUCUCAUGAUGCCAUAUCAUUCGGGCAUUGAAACUAAAAUAGGUGUGCCCGUAAUAGACAUACAUCGCCAUAAUAACCUAGUGCGGUGAGACCGAGAAUUCUCUACACGAUAAUUUUCUCGAGCA